UUUACUUAACAGUUAUUCCUCUCUCUCUCUCUUUAAUUUCUCUCUCUUCUCUGAAAAUUCCCAAAUCCCGUUUCUGUCAAUGAUUCUCUUACUUGAGUCUUUGCUGAAAUCCAAGUUCAUAUCGUGCAGCUUUGCUUCACUGCAGCCUUGGUAGUUGAUAGAACUUCAGUGAAGGAUUUCCAUUAAGGGAAAGCUAAAUUCAGCUAGAUUUGAAAUAAUGGGAGCAUCAAGCUCCAAAAUGGAGGAUGACAAGGCACUGCAGCUAUGUCGUGAAAGGAGGAGGUUUGUGAGACAAGCGCUUGAUGGGCGUUGCUCAUUAGCAGCAGCUCAUGUUUCAUAUAUUCAAUCACUGAAAAAUACAGGAACAGCUCUCAGAAAAUUCACAGAACCUGAGGGACCAGUUGAGCCUUCUUUGUACAAUAAUGCAACACCAGAGCAACCACUUGCUUUAACUGAAAGGACCCUCUCAUUCUCUUCACCGACUGUGUCACAUCACAUAGAUGCAGCAGAAAAUGAAACAUUCUCCCCAACUCCCUCCCCUCCUUCUGGUAAGUUCCGAGCAAAUCACAUGAAACAUAGCACUAUUUCUUCUAAGAAAGUCGAAGAAAGACCACCCGUACCUGUUAUUGGAAUAGUAACAUCAUCAGGUACUACAACACAACAUGCCAGUGUAGCAUUUGAAGAUUCCUCUCUUCCAGCUGGAACGCCACAUUGGGAUUUUUUUGGUCUCUUUCAUCCCAUUGACCAUCAAUUUUCUUUUCAAGAUGGGAAGGGGAUGCAUCAAGAUAUGGGGAAUGCUGAUGAUAUACAAAGACUGAGAGAGGAAGAGGGAAUUCCAGAAUUAGAAGAUGAUGAAGAGAAGUCUUCAUCUCAUGGAAGGGAACACUCUAGGGACUCUGAUGAUGAAUUUGAUGAAGAGCCUACUGCAGAAACUCUAGUCCAAAGAUUUGAAAAUCUGAAUAGAGCUAAUUCAAUUCAUGUUCAAGAAGAUGCUUUACCUCCCACAACCAAGCCUCUGUCAGGACAUUCAGCUUCUGAAGUUGAAUCAGUAAAUGGAGAAAAGGGAAACUCUGCUAAUUUAUCUACAUUAAAGACUGCACCUAUGGCAGCUUUGCCUCCACCUGAGACAAAUAAACCAAUGGAGAAGGAAAGUCAUAGUGAAAAUAAAGUCACCCCAAAGAAUUUCUUUUCAAGCGUGAGAGAUAUUGAACUGCUCUUUAAUAAAGCUUCAGAAUCUGGCAAAGAGGUUCCAAGGAUGCUUGAAGCAAACAAAUUUCACUUUCGUCCAAUAUUCCCGGGAAAAGAAAAUGGUUCUGUGGUAUCCUCGUUAUUGAAGGCAUGCUUCUCAUGUGGAGAAGACCCAACCCAGGUUCCAGAAGAACCUGCUCAAAACUCGAUUAAGUACUUAACUUGGCAUAGGACGGCAUCAUCCCGUUCCUCCUCAUCCAGAAACCCUUUAGGAGCAUCAAAUUCAAUGGACAAUGUUGAGGACCAUACCAAUAAUCUCUUUGAUAGUUCUUGUAUGAUUUCUGGAAGCCAUGCAUCUACCUUGGAUAGGCUAUAUGCUUGGGAAAGGAAACUCUAUGAUGAAGUGAAGGCUAGUGAGAUUGUCAGAAAAGAAUAUGACACGAAAUGUAAAAUCUUAAGACAACUGGAAUCAAAAGGAGAAAAAACCUCUAAGGUUGAUAAAACACGUGCAACAGUCAAGGAUCUGCACUCAAGAAUCAGAGUUGCAAUUCACAGGAUAGACUCCAUAUCAAUGAGGAUUGAAGAGUUACGGGACAAAGAGCUUCAACCACAGCUUGAGGAGUUGAUUGAAGGGUUGUGUAGGAUGUGGGAAGUGAUGCAUGAAUGCCACAAACUUCAGUUUCAAAUCAUGUCAGCAGCAUAUAACAACAGCCAUGCAAGAAUCACCAUGCAUUCUGAAUUACGCAGACAAAUCACUGCCUAUCUUGAAAAUGAACUCCAAUUUCUGUCAUCAAGCUUUACCAAGUGGAUGGGAGCUCAGAAAUUCUACUUGGAGGCUAUACACGGAUGGCUUCACAAAUGUGUUCUUCUUCAAGAAAAAUCAUCUAAGAGAAAAAAGAGGCAUCAACCUGACCUUAUCCGUUAUGGUCCUCCAAUAUAUGUCACCAGUGAGUUCUGGUUGAGUAAACUCAAUACCUUACCAGUAAAGGAUGUUGCAGAUUCCAUUAAGAGUUUGGCAGCAGAUACUGCCCAGUUCUUACCACACCAAGACAAGAAUCAAGGAAAAGGUGCUCAUCCUCAUAUGCCAACAUGGAAGGCUGAUAUUGGUGGUGAAUCAGCCGAUGGUUUAUUGGCAGAUGACAUGUCAGAGGACUGGGCAACAGGCCUUGAUCAAUUUCGACGAAGCUUGAUUCGGUUUCUCGGUCAAUUAAAUAAUCUGUCUGGUUGUUCUGUCAAAAUGUACACAGAACUUAGGCAAAACAUUCAGGAGGUCAAAAAGUUUCAGCGGUUGAAUUCGCAGUCUCAAAACGGUAAUCUGAAUUCUCAGUCUCAGUCUCAGGAUGGUCAGCAGAAUUCUGAACCUCAAAGUUGAUCCUUCAAAGUCACAAUCUCAAGUGGUUUAGCCUGAAAAUAAGCAUCCACAUGAUAAGAGAAUUGCGAUGAAACAUUGUGGAAUUGCAGAUUUAUAGCUUUAUAUUUAGCAUUCAAGUCCACAGGAUGGAGCAUUUGUGCAUGGUAGGAUGUAAUAAAGACCUUACAGAUUGCCACACUUAUUGUUCAAUUACUCCUUUUGGGGUUCAAAUCUUCAAAUCUAGAAACAGCCUCUUUGUAUAUGCAAUGCAAUGAUAAGAUUGUGUACAAUGACACUCUCAUACCUUCACAUAGCAAGGAGCUUUCUGGCAUUGGAAUACCUUAGUUUAUGAAUGAAGAAAAAAGAGUUGAUAGAUUCAUCUGAUGAGAUUAUGAUGGUGAAGAUUUGGGUGCAAAUUUUUUCUAAUAAAGGUUUUCUACCAUGACAUA